AUGUCGCCGGCCUCGCAAGGCUCAAUCGCGCGGAUUGGUCGCAUGUGCGCCACCGACGUUGCCAACCUUGGUUCGCGGGUCUUCACCAAGGACAGAGGGGAGUGGCGCAGCCGCAUGAAUCGUCUAGAGUCCUUUGAUCAACCAGCCAAGGAUUCCGACACCACGAAUACGAUGGCGAGCUUCGGGAGGUCAUUCAAGACCUCGUGCCUUUCGACGGCCGGGCGAAGACCAGGAACCUCCCGGCGGACGCUCUCCAACUCGUCCGACAUAUCGUCAACCUCAUCCAGCUCCUCCCACUCUGAGGACCAGUUCGUCCUGUCCGCGUGCAACACCCCUAGCACCGAAAAACCACCCGUAUCGAUAGGUCUCGGUGCUGCGCAGAUGGGUACCACCUCGGCCCCACCCACGAACUCAGCAGCAAAGGCCUCUCAAUCUUCAAAUCCCUCCAGGCCCAACCGUAGCAUGCCAAUCGCCAUCGACUUUCCCACCAUCCGCAAGAUCAACACCGCCCCGGUUUACACGCCACCAGAACCGUUGUCCGCUCGCGGGGAUAUUCCCGGCGGUUAUUUCCCUCUUCACGAAGAUCCCAAAUCUCGCGUUCAUCGGCCACAUCCUUUCCACCCCGACGCGAAGAAGAGCCAACAUCAAUCGAUCCCCAGGGUCGACGGACACGAAUCCUCGAGGCAGCGAGCUGACCGCGCCACCGACCCCGUUUCUGCCAUGUCAGAACCUGCGAGAUUUCCAACCAUGGGGGCUAUCCGUGCAUCGGACCCUCAGGGCCAUACUCCCGUCACCUCGUACAUCCCCCUUGGUGCCCAUGAUAGUCCCCUGCCGAUGGGGAAAUAUUACCCCUCGAAUUACGAGAAACGCAACACCACCGGUAACCAACAUUCCCGGCCACCAGCCACGGCGCGGUCACCCUAUGCCACCCAGUCAGAUUCCCAAACGCCCAAGCACAAAUUAGACUCUCCGCAUUCGCGGAUGGACUCGGAUGUCAAACGCCGCCUGCAACAGUACCAGCGCGAUAUGAUUGCACAGGCCUCACAGGCCGCAAGCGAAGUCUUGGGGGGGAGCACAAAACUCGGCAGCUCGAGCCUGACAGGGAGCACCUCCAUCCCGGAUGGCACAGUGUGGAAGAACAUACAGCUCGGGGGGUCAAUGGUGCAUGGCCACAAGCCCUUGUCUCCCAGACUAUUGCCGCUUGGCAGUCCUGGACCGGUCACACCGAUCGAUUUGGAAGGCGGCCUCGGCGGUGACAGCUACUUGACCAGGGGCGUGGCCGUCGCUGGUACGGAAACUGGUCAAGAGCAGGAGGCAGCCGCCCUGUCCGUCCGAGGUGAAGGAAACCGCCGACGAGUGCGAGAAGGCGGGAUCUCCCCUGUUCCGAGCCACUGA